AUGUCAUAUCAGGGACGUUCCUUCGCCACGAGCCCAUUCCAGGAUAACCGCUCCCGCUCCAACCAAGGCCUUGCCGGACUCGGCCUCUCAACUGGCCCAGCAGGCCUCUCGAAUAAAGUGGGAGGAUAUUUCGAAAACAACGAUCGCACUCUCCCCAUGUACAAAGACAAGCCAUACUUUACGCCGAAGCGCACGGCUCCACGGAGACGAUGGAGACCGUUGUUUGUGCUGGGGGUGUGCGUGUUGACGUUUUUGUGGUAUUAUAAGUCGUCGAUGCCCGUAUGGCAGGACUCGAAUUCGAGGGACGUCGGCGUUGAUCUCUGGAAAUGGGCGCAGACGAUUGAUGACGAGAGUCCUUCAAAGAAUGUCGAUUGGAAUGAGCGUCGGGAGAAGGUGCGGGAUGCGUUUGUUAUUAGUUGGCAAGGAUAUGAGAAGGAUGCAUGGGGCUCGGACGAGUACAACCCGGUCUCGGGUCGAAGCAGAAACAUGAUUGAAGGUGGUAUGGGCUGGAUCAUUGUUGAUGCGCUUGACACUAUGAUGAUCAUGAACUUGACCACCGAGGUACGCCAUGCGAGGGAGUGGAUUUCCACUUCGUUAAAGUAUAAUCAAGACCACGACGUGAGCACCUUUGAAACGACUAUUCGUAUGCUGGGAGGUUUACUCUCCGCACACCAUCUGUCGACGAAAUAUCCGGACCUCGCCCCAAUAGCGGAUGACGAUGUCGGUGCUGCUGGCGAGGAUUUGUACAUUGAAAAGGCCACUGACCUCGGAGACCGCUUGCUUGGAGCAUUCGAGUCUCCCUCUGGUAUUCCCUACGCAAGUGUGAACCUGAACAAGUCGGAAGGCUUGCCGUCGCAUGGUGACGGAGGUGCCUCUUCUACUGCCGAGGCAACUUCAGUCCAACUUGAGUUCAAGUAUCUGGCAAAGCUGACUGGCGAGGCCGAAUAUUGGAGGGCCGUGGAGAAGGUUAUGGAGGUUAUUGAUGAGCAGCACCCUCAGGAUGGCCUCGUUCCUAUCUUCAUCAACCCCAAGACAGGUCACUUCCAUGGCGAGAAUAUUCGUCUGGGCAGUCGGGGUGAUUCGUACUACGAAUACCUGAUUAAGCAGUACCUCCAAACUUCCGAGCAGGAGCCUGUCUACAAAGAACUGUGGGAUGAAUCCCUGGCUGGAAUUCGCAAACACCUGCUUGCAUUCUCCCAAAAUGCCCAGUUGAUGGUCCUGGGAGAGCGACCCAACGGUCUGAAGGAGAACCUCACUCCUAAAAUGGACCACCUAGUUUGCUUCCUUCCUGGAACAUACGCUCUUGGAGCUACAGGUGGUCGGCCCCUGGCAGAGGCAAGAAAAUCUGCGGAUUGGUCUCAGCAGCGUGAGGAGGAGAUUUUCAUCUCUAAGGAAUUGAUGAAAACUUGUUGGGCAACAUACCUUGCAACAGCGACUGGCCUUGCGCCGGAGAUUUCCCACUUCAUUCUCGACUCCCCACCUGUCAUGAUGGGAGACAAGUAUCCCGAUCCCAAAUCCGCUUCCGGAAUGUCACCGCAGGAACUGAGGUCAAUCUCUCAACCCCUCUCACCCCAGUUUGAUGGCUCGGAGCCCUGGCGCAAGGAUAUUGAGAUCCACAACAUGGAUCGCCACAACCUGCAACGUCCAGAGACCGUCGAAUCUCUCUUCUACAUGUACCGCAUCACUGGAGACGAGAUCUACCGUGAGUGGGGUUGGGAAAUGUUCAAAGCAUUCGUCAAAUACACCGCCGUGGUCGAGGGGGAAGACUCUGAACUGGCGGAAGGAGAGGCUACGAUCAGACGGAUCAAGGGUUUUACUUCCUUGUCCAACGCCAACACCAUCCCGCCCACUACGCGUGAUAAUAUGGAGAGCUUCUGGAUGGCCGAGACGCUCAAGUAUUUCUAUUUGUUGUUCUCAGACCGGGACUUUAUUUCCCUCGAGGACCAUGUAUUUAAUACCGAGGCUCAUCCGCUGCCACGGUUUAAGCCGACUGGUGACUUGAAGACUGGCUGGCAGCGGAAGCCAAAGGUCGCCGACGCUGUUGAAGCUGCCGAGUAG